AUUUAACGUUGGUGUACGCUAAACCCAGUCUAUACGGCAAAUAGCAGUUUAGGCGAAAAUAAACUACAACGUAAAGAUAAUACUUAGGCGGUUUUAAUUACUAUUUAGUAUUUACGACGUUCUGACACAGAAUCUGCAACUUACCUACGUACCUGUUACGUGCCCUACCCUGAAUACGGAAUAGUGAAUAGUUGAUAAUUGUGCCAUCAUCUGAAAAUGACUAUGGACAUACGGCCGAACCACACAAUAUAUAUAAACAAUCUCAAUGAAAAAAUUAAGAAGGAGGAACUUAAAAAGUCCCUCUAUGCUAUAUUUUCUCAAUUUGGGCAGAUUUUAGAAAUCGUUGCACUGAAAACACUCAAGAUGAGGGGUCAAGCAUUUGUUAUAUUCAAAGAAAUAUCCAGUGCAACCGUCGCUUUGAGGAGUAUGCAAGGAUUCCCAUUUUAUGACAAACCUAUGAGAAUACAGUAUUGUAAAACUGAUAGUGAUGUUAUAGCAAAGAUGAAGGGAACCUUCCAAGAACGACCUAAAAGACCAAAACUGCCAAAAGGUUCCGACGAGAAGAAGAAAAAGAACAAAGAUCCCAAUAGACCAAAUGUGCCUGGAUUUGGACAACCAAGUGUUCUUAACAAUGUUAACGCUGAACAGCCACCAAACCAAAUACUGUUCCUUACUAAUCUUCCUGAUGAAACAUCAGAAAUGAUGUUAUCUAUGUUGUUUAACCAGUUCCCUGGUUUUAAGGAAGUUCGACUGGUGCCAAACAGACAUGAUAUCGCCUUUGUGGAGUUUGCUAAUGAAAUGCAAUCAGCGGCUGCUAAAGAAGCCCUCCAAGGCUUCAAGAUCACUCCCACUCAUGCUAUGAAAAUAUCAUUCGCAAAGAAAUAGUUUUAAGUUACUUCUUUAUAAAUAAAGAUUUAAGUUUAUUGAGAACUGUUUUGAGCAUUGCACUACGCCUAAACAGCUCUCCGGCUGUGAUUAGCCUUAAGUUUUCAAAA